AUGACUGUCGAUCCUCAAAAAGUUUUCUUCAUAGUCAAUGAUGCUGGUCAACCGACGCCAGUUCAGUUUUUGAAAAAUGGCAUCCCUACUUUAAUUAGUGUAUCAAAUCCAAUUGUUUCUCGACUUCAUCAAGGCCGAAUAUCUGGUGAAGGAGUCCAAUUUUAUAACGAAAACGGAGAAAUUGACUGUGGUGUUCAAGUAGAUACAUAUAUCUUUUUUGCAGAUGAAGAUAACAAGUUUUCAAAAAUCUCAAAGUUAUGCAGACAUUAUGACGAACCUGUGGUGCAUCUGCUAACAGUGGCACAUUGUGUGAUCACAAACAUUUUGACAAAAGGACAUUUGGCCAAAAGGGCAUUUUGUCAAAGAGAUAUUUUGCCAAAUGACAUUUUGCCGAAAAGACAUUUUUCCAAUGGAAAUUUAGAACGUUUUAUAUGGGGUUGUGAUUAG